AUGGUGGAAGUGGAUGGUCACAGUCGAUCCAUGUCUCCUCCCCUAUCUCAGUCAGUUCGCCGUCCCUCCUCCUCUUUUGGCAGCGACGCGUUUCUCUCACGACACCCAAAUCCAUCCUCGCAAGAUCUGGAUCAUGAAAUCGAUCGACUUUUGGAUGAUCUUACCACCACCUGCCUUCAACAGGAUCGCAGUAAUCUCAUUCGUGGCGGACCCAGUGGCACCCAUCACUUCCCUCGUCGCUUUUCUACACCCUAUCGACCUCGAUGGGAGCGAAACGGCAGGAGCGGUGGUGGAGUAGAAGUCUCCUUGCCCGAGUUGUCCGCUUAUCUGAAGAUAUGCAAGCCUCGUGCUUUCGGUAUCAAAACCUAUCGACGCUUUUAUGUGGUGUUGGAGAAGACUUCCCUUCUUAUGUUUAAGGUGAGUGAUACACCUUCAGUUCCUUUCUCUUCAUCAUCUCCUCGAAGGUGA